AUGAAAGAUCGUUAUGGAAAUGAAGAAGAACUUGCGUGGAUCACACAGCGGCUGAUACAAGGACGGAAAUCCCGUACAGUCAUCUCCAUUUGUGGCAUGGGAGGUUUAGGGAAAACAACUCUUGCCCGAGUUAUAUACAAAAACAAUGACAUUAAAAAACAGUUUGAUUGUUGUGCAUGGAUUUCAGUGUCACAAACUUAUCAAGCUGAAGAUUUGUUGAGAAGAAAAAUUGUGGAUAAAUGUAAAGGGUUGCCACUUGCAAUAGUUGCUAUUGGGAGUCUACUUUCCCACAAAAAGAAAGAAGAGAAUGAAUGGAAAUUGUUUUAUAACCAACUGAACUGGCAGCUGAUCAAUAACCCGGAGUUGAACUUUGUGAUAGCUGUUCUGAAUCUUAGCUUUGAGUAUCUACCAAGCAAUCUAAAAUACUGCUUCCUGUAUUGUGGCCUAUUUCCUGAAGACUAUCUGAUUAAAAGAAAACAGAUAAUUAGAUUUUGGAUAGCUGAAGGUUUUGUUGAGGAAACUGGAGCCAAUAUUACUAUGGAAGAACUAGCCGAAGAGUAUCUCAAGGAGCUUGCCCAGCGUUCACUUCUUCAUGUUGCAGAAAGAAAUGUGUAUGGAAGAGCAAAGUCAUUCCAAAUGCAUAAUCUUGUAAGAGAUAUGGUUGUCAGUAAAUGCAAGACCUACAAGUUUUCUGAUCUUGUGGUUGACCAUUGUGUUACAAAACACAAAUACAAGACGCGUCGUAUAUCAGUAUUAGAAGCUGAUCAUGCCUCUGAAGCACCUACCUAUGGAGAGAAGGUUCGCUCAUUUAUCCUGUUCGAUAAGAAAGUACCUUACUCUUGGUUGGAAACUGCAAGUAGAGAUUUUAGAUUGCUAAGGGUGCUGUCCUUGAGAAGAGCAAGCAUCCAUAAGGUCCCUGAUGUUGUGAGCAAUUUGUUCAAUUUGCGCUACCUUGAUUUGGCCUAUACAAGAGUUAAGGGUUUAUGA